UCCAGCCAUAUACACCAAUGUUAUAAUCCAGCCAUAUACACCAAUGUUAUAAGCCAAGAUAUACGUGGGCUGGCAAGCUUUGCCAUCGGAUAAUGCGCGCGACCCUCCGCAGGUCCUGUGAUGCUUGCGCCAAGGCAAAGCUCAGCUGCGACCUCAGGACUCCCCAGUGCUCGCGGUGUAUCAAGAGGAAAUCCACGUGUGCUUACGCAAAUGAACCCCUUACCAAUUCCCCAAAUGCAUAUGCAUCAUAUUCGGCAACCUCGGGGAAUAGUACGCCUGCGGUUGAGGGGACCUCUUUAAUCACAAGAAAUGGAAGGGUCACGCCUACAUUUGAGGAGGGGCCCGCAGGGCUGUUGAACCCAGCCAUUGGAUCUUUGGACCCGUUUGAUUCGUAUCCGCCAGCGAGGCUUCCUCGAGUGACUAUUCAGCAUCUCAUCCAUCAUUUUUUGUCGAGCAUCGCAUUCCAGUACUACCCGCUGGAUCUUAAUUCGGAGUCAAACCCAUUCAUCGUCUCAUGGUGGCCACGGGCCCUUGCGGAUCCCGCAUUAUUCCACGUCUCGUUACAGACGGCAUCCCUGGACCAAGAAUUAAGGUCGCAGAAGGGAUUUCCAAUUUCAGAGCUUCUCAUGAGCGAUUCGGUGUCGCUGGUGAGACGGAAGAUUGAAGAUUCGUCAUUAGCAUUUCAAGACGAGACCGUGAAUUCCGUAGUCACAUUGGCGGCUAUUGAACAUGGCAAAGGAAAUGUUGAAGCAAGCAGAAUGCACAUUGAUGGAGUCAAACGGAUAGUUAGCAUCCGGGGCGGAAUCAACGAAGUGAAGCGGACGAGCCCGCUGACAGCGAGAAUGGUAUCCUGGGUAUCAUUACUGGUGACAGGAUGUCCUCAAUUCCAGACCCAAGAUGAUUUUGGCUCUGGAAGUGGAAUUGAUCCAACACUGCAGUGGCAGCUAGCUUCUAUGGCACCAGAUCUACAGGACCGGACUCUCGACAAUCUUGACGUUGAUCCUGACGUACGAGACAUCUUAGCCCGUCUCCGGAGCAUUUUCCACCAGCCACAGCUUUCGUCCUUGACGACCACCGAGCUUCAUGACCUGACGUGCUUUGUCGUCCAUAAGCUUCUGUUACUGCCUCCACUCUCGCCUGCACAACCGAAGCAAUCAUCUACCUCUGAAUGUCUUCGAUACGCAUUGGUGCUCUACAUGUUGAGCAUCCAUGGGACGACGUAUUACUCUCACCAUCACUUGAUAAAUACUAUCCUACUCCAGCUCAAAGGGUAUUAUGCGGCUUUGAGCCAUACAAAUUACACGCAUGGCUCGCUCGAAAUAUGGGUUUCCUUUGUCGGCAUGGUGGCAUCUACCAACACAACACAUUACCAGUGGUUCAUCGACCAAGCUUGUGCUGCUGCUGUUGCACUCAGUCUGCAUACAUGGGAGGAUGUACUCAGCCACCUUGAGAACGUACUUUGGGUGAGAACACAGCACGAGGCGGCCUUUCGGGGAAAGUGGGAAGAAAUCGUCAGUAAAGCCUAUUAA